CCGUGAGAAAUACUCAAAGCAUGGCGCAAGUUAUCGCACUGAUUGGGACUGCGUGUCCGCAUUGCUCGCGUGGCUGGCGAAUAUCAUGGAUUCAACAAAAUUCCAGCUCGUGUCCAUCCGGCAGGACAUCACCGAGCACAGUUUACAACUGAAGGCAAUCGUCCAGGACACCAACGCAUGCGUGGGUCCGCUCGCCAAAUUGAACUCUCUCAACGGCGCUGGCCGCGCGAAAAUCUCACAACUUCGGCAGUUCAUCGACCGAUUCUCCAACGUAGCCAAAGAUACCAAAGAUGCAGCGUUGUUAAAAGAACUGGCUUUGUAUCGGGAGCAACUCGCUGCUUCCAUGGAGUUGUUCAAACGGGCGAAUAUUCGUGCCAUGCUUGCAAUUGAACGUAACGCGAAAGAAGAACUCUACGUCAGAGAUCCAGAUGCAGUACUACGUCAACGUCAGAAACGCGAUAAAGAAGAGCUCGCUAAAGCUACGUCUAGUGUCACUGAUCAGUUACUGUCGAUAAGUCGACAACUAGCGGAGACGACGCGUAAGAGUGCUGCCACCCUGGACACUUUAGUUGUAUCCUCAGAUGGCGUUGUCGGCGCGCAGGAAGAACUCAAACUAACCUCUGAUUCCAUAACGCAAAGCGGAAAACUCCUAGCGAAAUACGGCCGGAGAGAAUUCACGGAUAAGAUAUUAAUGUUCUUCGCGUUUGCUUUCUUUGUAGCCUGUGUGCUAUACAUCGUACGCAAACGACUAUUCUAAUUCUAAAUUAUUUUACAUUUCUAUCUAGGUGGCGCUGGGGGCCGGGUUGUAUACAUUUCGUGACAUUUUGUGAUAUACAAUAUUAUUUACAAGAAAAACUGAUUAAAGAUUAUGCAAUUGCAUCGAA